GAUAAGAUUGAGACUUCCUUGCUAGAGUGACUCCCGUGAAACUCCCAACGGGUCCUGCCUGAAGAAGGCUUUUCGCCGCCACCAGGGCUGCGUUUUUGUUGGCCUCGGGUGCUUUAACGCGUCCGAGGGGGCGGGGCCAGGCCUUAGGCCCCAGAGUUUGGGGCGGGGCCUGGCGGUGGAGUGAGGCCCGGAUUGUUCAGGGGGCGGGACCCGAAGAGGAGCAAGCCCAGGAUUGGGUGGCAUGGGGGCCCGGCAGUGGUAUGUAACCAGGAUUGGCCCUCGGGGAGGAGCCUGGAGGCUGGAAUUGGUCCCUGCACGGGGACCCAGGAGAAUUGAUGGAGUCAGCCCCGGGAGCGGGGCCCUCUGGGGCCGCUGGGGCCGGUGGAGCCCCGGCCUCGAAGAGGGAUAAAGAGGGGUCCAAGAGUCGUAGCCGCCGGCGGUGGAGAAAAGUCAAGGCCAAAGCCCCCAUGCUCUUGCACACCAUGGACCUGCGCACCAUGACACAGACGCUGGUGACUCUGGCAGAAGACAACAUGGCCUUCUUCUCGAGCCAAGGACCUGGGGAGACAGCACGGCGGCUGUUGGGCGUCUUUACGGGUGUUCGCGAGCAGGCGUUGGCGCUGGAGCCAGCCCUGGGCCACCUGCUGGGCGUGGCGCACCUCUUUGACCUGGACGCAGAGACGCCGGCCAAUGGGUACCGCAGCCUGGUGCACACGGCCCGCUGCUGCCUGGCGCACCUGCUGCACAAAUCCCGCUACGUGGCCUCCAACCGCCGCAGCAUCUUCUUCCGUACCAGCCACAACCUGGCUGAACUCGAGGCCUACUUGGCCACCCUCACCCAGCUCCGCGCCCUGACCUACUGUGCCCAGCGCCUGCUGACCAGCAAUCAGCCAGGGGGCCUCUUCUUUGAGGGCGACGAGGGGCUCGCCGCUGACUUCCUGCGCGAGUACGUCACUCUGCACAAGGGCUGCUUCUAUGGCCGCUGCCUGGGCUUCCAGUUCACACCUGCCAUCAGGCCAUUCCUGCAGACCAUCUCCAUCGGGCUGGUGUCCUUCGGGGAGCACUACAAACGCAACGAAACUGGACUCAGUGUGACCGCCAGCUCCCUCUUCACCGGCGGCCGCUUUGCCAUCGACCCAGAGCUGCGUGGGGCCGAGUUUGAGCGAAUCACUCAGAACCUGGAUGUACACUUCUGGAAAGCCUUCUGGAAUAUCACUGAGAUCGAGGUGCUAUCAUCUCUAGCAAACAUGGCAUCAGUCACCGUGAGGGUAAGCCGCCUGCUCAGCCUGCCACCGGAGGCCUUUGAAAUGCCGCUGACCGCUGAUCCCAAGCUCACAGUCACCAUCUCACCCCCCUUGGCCCACACGGGCCCCGGGCCAGUCCUCGUCAGGCUCAUCUCCUAUGAUCUGCGUGAAGGACAGGACAGUGAGCAGCUCAACAGCCUGGUGAAGUCCGAGGGUUCAAGGAGCCUGGAACUGUGGCCUCGGCCGCAGCAGGCACCCCGCUCACCAUCCUUGGUCGUGCAUAUCCACGGUGGCGGCUUCGUGGCCCAGACCUCCAAAUCCCAUGAGCCCUACCUCAAGAGCUGGGCCCAGGAGCUGGGCGUCCCCAUCCUCUCCAUCGACUACUCCCUGGCCCCCGAGGCCCCCUUCCCCCGAGCACUGGAGGAGUGCUUCUAUGCCUACUGCUGGGCUGUCAAGCACUGCACCCUCCUCGGUUCAACGGGCGAGCGGAUAUGCCUUGCGGGAGACAGUGCAGGUGGGAACCUCUGCUUCACCGUCUCCCUUCGGGCAGCAGCCUAUGGGGUGCGGGUGCCAGACGGCAUCAUGGCAGCCUACCCAGCCACGAUGCUGCAGUUCGCCGCCUCUCCCUCCCGCCUUCUGAGCCUCAUGGACCCGCUGCUGCCCCUCAGCGUGCUCUCCAAGUGUGUCAGUGCCUAUGCUGGUGGGGAGACAGAGGACCACUCCAACUCAGACCAGAAAGCACUGGGCAUGAUGGGGCUAGUGCGGCGGGACACAGCCCUGCUUCUCCGGGACCUCCGCCUGGGUGCCUCCUCGUGGCUCAACUCUUUCCUGGAGCUGAGUGGGCACAAGUCUCACCCAAAAUCGGUGCCCGUAGCAGAGCCAGUGCGUCGCAGUGUGUCUGAAGCAGCGCUGGCCCAGCCUGAGGACCCAGUGGGCACAGACCCCCUCAAGAGCCUGACAGUACAUGACCUGAGCCUCAGGGGCAACUCUGAGACAUCAGACACCCCCGAGCUGUCACUGUCGGAUGAGACACUUGGCCCCUCCACGCCCUCAGACGUCAACUUCUUACUCGGGCCUGAGGAUGCACCAGAAAAAGUUGGGUCCCAAGAGGAGUUGAGCACCAAGGACAGAAGCAGCAGCUGUCUCAGUGCUACCUUCCCUGAGGACUUCCUCCCCAGGCGCUCCAGCCAGGGCCCCACGCAGAUCCCCCUCUACUCUUCGCCCAUCGCCAAGAACCCCUUCAUGUCACCGCUGCUGGCACCUGACAGCAUGCUGCAGACACUGCCGCCAGUACACAUCGUGGCGUGCGCGUUGGACCCCAUACUGGACGACUCGGUCAUGUUCGCAAGGCGGCUGCGCAGCCUGGGCAAGCCGGUGACGCUGCGCGUGGUGGAGGACCUGCCGCACGGCUUCCUGAGCCUGGCGUCCCUGUGUCGGGAAACGCGGCAGGCAGCCGCGCUGUGCGUGGAACGCAUCCGCCAAAUCCUCACUCCGCCGGGCCCCGCUGCGCCGCCGGUCUGAGCCGCCACCCCGAGCCCGGCCGCGGGCGGCUGCGGGGGGCGACACUAAAGGCCUCUGGUUCCCAUUUGCGUCAGCCUCCGUGGUGAAUGCGCUCUGGGAAGGAUGGCGGGGACCGCCGCAAGGGGUUCCUGGCCCCUCUGACCCCUCACUCGGCCCGGCGGGUGGGGGUGGGAUGUGCCUUAAAAUCGGGGGACAAGGGGACGGGGAGGUGAGACCUUGGCCUGGGGGGAAGGGGCUCACGCAAACCGCUCUCCGAGACAGCUGGACCUGCACUUCAUCACUGCCUUCUACUGCUGCUGCGACCGACGCAGCGGUGGGGCCUGGCCCCCACUUGCAGGUCGGUUUGUUUUUGUUCCUCUGUAAAUAAAAGUAUUUAAUUGGUU